AUGAGCGACUUUGACGACGACGUCAAAUCAGUGCGCUCGGCGGCGUUGCGCGACGCAGAGCUCAGCUCGCGCAAGCGGUCAUUGCCGACCGUGCAGGAGCUCAAGGACUUUUCGACCGCGCUCGCCACGGUCAUGUGCGACAAAUGCCACCACGUGCGCGACGGCCGAUGCGCGUGCGCGUCGCCAUCUCUUCCGUCGGGUUCGCGUGCACCAGCCCCGGCGCUCACGCCCCGCGAGCAGGCCAUGCACGGCCGGUACCUCAUCCGCGAGUCGUUUGCCAACGGCGCCUACGGCAAGGUGCACAAUGGCGAAGUCAUGGCCUCGCAUGCCUCGGUUGUUGUCAAGAUCAUCCCCAAGUACGUGCUGCAGUCGGCCGAGGAGAAGCAGAGUGUGAUCCGGGAGGAGGUCAUCCACCGCAGCUGCCGCCACGCCCACAUCAUCCGGCUCAUCGACACGUGCCAAGACGAGCAUGCGCACUACUUUAUUUUGGAGCGCGCUGACAAUGGCAGCUUGGAGAAGCGCGUCGGCCGCGUCGGCCUCCCAGAACCCGAGUGCAAACGCCUCUUUUACGAGCUCCUCCUCGCGCUCGAGUACCUCCACAACCACCGCAUCGUGCACCACGACCUCAAGCCGCAAAACAUCUUGCUCGACGCCAACGAGUCGCUCAAGGUCUGCGACUUUGGCGCGGCCCGCGCCUACAACAAGGCCGAGCCCGGGUUACCGUUCUCGGGCGUGUACGGGACCCCGGGGUACAUCGCGCCCGAGCUGCUCCUGGCCGCGCCGUGCUACUCGACAGCGGUCGACAUGUUUAGCGCGGGCUUGAUUCUGUUUGAGAUGCUCUUUGGCUACGCAGCCUUUUACCCGCCGAGUGCGUCGAUCCACACGCCCGUCGAGUUUCCCGUGCCCCGGCCGCGCCAAAAGCUGCAGUCGCUUGCCUCGGACGCGGCCAAGGACCUCAUUCUGCGACUUCUGGAGAAGGAACCGGCGUCUCGCUUCACGGCGACGCAGGCCCUCGGCCAUCGCUGGUUUGCUUCCACGUGUUAG